CAUAGACGUGUAAGAUUGUAUAUUUUUAUUUUGUUCAAAUACGAUGAAAAAUUUUAAAAAUAUAUUAUACACCAUGGUGUGAAUAUUUUAAACAAAAUUAACUAUUAACUUUACAUAAUAUGUAUUUCCAACUUUUAUUGUACUUCAUAUUUUCAUUAGUUGCAGUGUUCAUUGUAUUGUUCGUGUUUGUUGCUGUGUUACGAUGGCACUAUGCAAGCAAAAAGAGGAAAUUUCCAACGCAAUUUAGCAUAGCGUUUUUCCAUCCUUACUGCAAUGCUGGUGGAGGUGGUGAACGUGUACUGUGGUGUGCCGUCAAUGCUGUUAGUACUGCAUACCCUAAAGUAAAAAUUGUUAUCUACACUGGUGACUUGGAAGUAUCCCCGGUAGAAAUAAUUAAACGAGCAAAACAGAGAUUUAACAUUGCACUACCAAAUAACUUAGAAUUUAUUUAUCUGCACAGAAGAAAAUGGGUAGAAGCUGAAAAUUACCCUUAUUUCACUCUUUUAGGACAAAGUCUUGGAUCUAUCGUCUUAGGUAUUGAGGCAUUGCGUUUAUUUCAGCCUGAUAUAUACAUUGACACUAUGGGUUAUGCGUUUACAUUACCAUUGUUUUGUCUCAUUGGUGGUUGUAAAGUCAGUUGUUACGUGCAUUAUCCAACUAUAAGUUCAGAUAUGAUAAAUAAAGUGAUUCAACAAAAAGGAAAACGUAGAACAAUAUCUUAUAUUAAACUCGUAUAUUAUCAAUUAUUUGCAAAACUAUACGGCUUAGUUGGAUGGUUUGCUGAUUCUAUCAUGGUAAAUGGUUCAUGGACUGAGGAUCAUAUCAAUACACUUUGGAAGCGACCCUUAAGCACUUACAAAGUAUAUCCUCCGUGUGAUACAUCUGACUUCCAGUGUUUGCCGUUAGAGAGACAAAAAACUAAAUCUGUGAAAAUUAUAAGCUUAGCACAAUUCAGACCAGAAAAAGAUCAUCCAUUACAACUCAAAGCCAUGUACCAUCUUAGACAAAUUAUAAAUGAGCAUGUAUGGGAAAAUAUCGAGCUUGUUUUUGUUGGUUCAACAAGAAAUCAAGAAGAUGAAAUGAGAGUUGUUGAUAUGAAGGAUUUAUGUAAACAUUUGUCUUUGGAAAAUAAUGUACGAUUCAAAGUUAAUAUCAGCUACGAUGAACUUAAAAACGAACUAUCCGAAGGGUUGAUUGGCUUACAUGCAAUGUGGAAUGAACAUUUUGGUAUUGGAGUUGUAGAAUGUAUGGCAGCAGGAUUAAUAAUGAUUGCACAUCGUUCUGGUGGCCCUUUGAUGGAUAUAAUUAUAGAAGACGGUGCUGGGCAAAAUGGAUUUUUAGCUUCAAAUGAAGUGGAAUACGCACACGCUAUACACAAAGCACUGUUGUUGUCAGAUACUCAAAAAUUGUCGUUACAAAAGGCUGCCAGAGGAUCAGUAAAUCGGUUUUCUAAUCAACAAUUUCAUGAUAAUUUCUUGAGAGCAAUACAACCUUUGUUUAGUUUUAAAAAAUUUAAAUAGUUUAUUAUAUUUAAAUAAAAGGUUUAACUGUGACUUUUUGUUAUCCCUUUUAAUGAUAAUUCGUAUGGCACUUUUUCAAAAAAAAUUUAUGAUGUUAUUAAAAAGAUAAUUAAUUAUUGAUUUUAUAAUAUACAUUGUCUAUUAUAAAUCAAUUGUUAUAACUAUUAUUAAAUAAUAACAACUUAACUACUCAAAAGCAGAAAGCUAAUGAGAUUUUUAUCUAGUUCACAACAUUUUAUUGCAUAUUACAUUUAAAGAUUUUGUAGCUAUUGUAUUAAAAAAAAAACUGUCAUAUCAGUUAUAAUUGAUUAAAAUCAUAAUUUAUAUUACAAUAAUUAUUAUAAUAUUAAUUACAAAAUAUUACCUUACCAUACUAUAUGUGUAUUGUGUACUAACUACUUAUUAUUUUUUUUUCAAAUAUUGUUGAAACUAUUUAUUUAAUAUUAUUUUUGGGUUUAUUAAUAAAUAUGUAUUAUUGUUAUUUUUAUAAUUAUUUAUAAGAAGAUUAGAAAGUUUUGAAACAUUUUUAUUUUUUUUAAUGUUAGCACAUUCUCAUGAUGUUUCCAAACUUUCUAGUAACUAUGUGUCCUAUAUGUGUACAUAUAUAUUUAUAUAAUUAUAUUAUAUACAUAUUGUAUUGACUAUUGUGUAUAAUUGUAAUUAUUUAAUACAAAUUAAUCCUAAGGAAAAA